UAAAUCUCCAUGUAUAACAUCAAGAAUCUUGUAUUUUAUCAUUUAAACACAUAUAAUGUUAGAAGGUUCAGUGUAUGGCGACAAUUGUCACCAGUGUGUGACCUGUCUACCGAAGUCUCCGCGGUGUUGAAUCACGCGAGCGAGCUUGCAAAACGAUCAGGAUCAGGGUCUAUAGAGAGUGAAUUUAUAGUGAAGUCACUGCUUGACAGUUGUUCUUCCUAUCGAAAAUGGCUUCGUACUAUUCGUUUGUCACCGGGGCCCAUUGCCACUGAAUUAGAUGAUUUCAUAAAAAGACGACGUUACACUAAUGGAGAAGAGCGGGUGGGACGAAGCAGCCAAUCUGCUAUUCUAUAUGCUCAAUCAUUAGCUCUGUCACGAAGUAAACCAGUAGGGAUCCUUGAACUUUCGGAAGCACUGUUAAAGUACGAUGACUUCUUGCGUGGAAUCCACCAACGCAGUGAUGCCGGAAAACCAAAGGUGGAUCAAAAUGCUGUUGAAGAAUGUCUGUACAAUCUGACAGAAGCAGCGAAAAAUGGCAGUGGUAACGUUUUUGUUGGCCGUGAGAAUGAGCUAGAACGUCUUAAGGGUAGUCUCAAUCGCAUGAGGAAGAAUAAUGUCUUAUUAAUCGGUGAGCCCGGUGUGGGCAAAACAGCUUUAGUGGAGCGUUUGGCCGUCGAUAUGCUACUUGAGGAUCCCAAUAUCACCGUAUAUAGCCUCGACCUCUGUAGGUUGUACUCUGGCCAGGGAACACGUGGUGAAUUGGAGGCUAAAUUGAAAUCAAUAUUCGAUACAGUGAAAAACGGAAAAAGCAUAUUAUUUAUUGAUGAAAUACACCAUCUGAUUCAAAAUCAAGAGAAUGGAGUGAAUGUGACUAAUCUUCUUAAGCCCAUUAUGACUUCGACUCUUGUAAAAAUCAUAGGAUCGACCACCGCAAAGGAGUACCAUCAAUAUUUUAGGCGUGACCGUGCAUUUGAGCGGCGUUUUGAAAUUCUACGUUUACAUGAGAACAGUGCAGAUGAAACUCUAGCUAUUUUGCAUGGAUCAAGGCCAUCAUUGGAAGAUUACCAUGGAGUCAAAAUUACUGACGACGCAUUGGUGGCAUCAGUGGAAUUAUCUACGAGGUUUAUACCGAAUCGUUAUUUGCCAGACAAAGCAAUAGAUUUGCUAGAUGAGGCUGCCAUGUUAUCUAAGCGCAAGCGUUCAUGCUCCAAUGAUUUAUUUGAAUUGCUACGACAUAAAACCGGGAUAAUAUCAGCGCUAUUGCGUGGUAAAUCUGGAAAUGAUCAACUAAAUCGAGUGCUAUCAGAAAUAGAAAGCAUGGAAUCACGAUACAAAUCACUGCACGGCAAGUUACGGGAUGUGCAGCAACAGCAGCAAAACCAUGAAAAGAAUGGUAAUCUCACGAAGGCAUCCGAGCUAAAGAACCAUAAAAUUCCUGAAAUCAUUAGAUUAAUUGUCCAAUUGCAAAGUGAUAUUAAAAUGGUAAUAAACAAAACCAUUGAGGAUUCUAAAGACAUGUUACCAGUGGAUAUGUUGAAUGAUGGCAACACUGGCGUGUCUCCAGCGUCUGACCCGGAUGUAUUCAGUGGAGUCUAUGUAGACAGGAUAGAUAUCGCAUCUGCUCUAAGUCAAAGUACAGGUAUACCUGUAUCUGUUGUGUUGCGAUCGCAAAUGGGCCAUUAUGAACAGGCAGUUCAACAAUUGUCCAACAUAGUGUUAGGGCAAAACGAGGCUGUGUAUAAAACACUACUCCACAUAUACAUGUAUAGCAGUUCUAUUGCUUCGGGAAGAAAGAUCGGGGCUGCAUUGUAUUAUGUAGGCCCACCUGGAGUAGGUAAGCGAUUGCUCCUUAACCACGUUUCGCGUAUGUUUGGCAUGGCUCUGAAGUACAUUUGCGGCAGUAACCUAGUGUCAUCGAAUGCAACCAAUAUACUAGUUGGGUCCCCUCCUGGAUAUAUUGGACAUAGGGAAGGUGGCAUGCUUUGUGAAUGGAUUAAAGAUCACCCUUAUGGCAUAGUGGCAUUCGAAGAUGCCCAUUUACUCCAUGUCAAUGUAGUCAAUCUGUUAAUAGGGGCUAUUGACAACGGAUUUUUAGUGGACAAUCAAGGAGAUCAAUGCAAUUUGCGCCAAUGCUUUUUCGUUUUUGUCAGUAAUGACCAUGAGCAACUAUCUCCACUUAUCAAGCAAAAUGCUGAUGAUGUAAUAUCAUUCGAACCGUUGUCCAAAGAGAGCGUAGAAAGGAUCAUAUGUAAAGAAUUGGCCAGCAUCGAUGUAGUUAAACUGAGAGCGUCGAAAGCGGCGCUUGAACACUUAUAUCACUUGGCCAUAGGCACCAAAUCCAUACCAAACCUAAUAUACCGUACAUUGGGGAGCAGCAUAGCCAAUUUAGUGGUAAGUGGCAGAGUGCCAAUAGGAGCGUCAGGUGAACUGAUCAUGAAAAGCGAAGUUAAUUUGCAUUGCAACCACUCAAUACACAUAUGUGACGAUAUGGUGUUGGUUCGCGAUGUAUAACAAAAAUAUUGAGAUUAAUUUUUUAAAUGAAGUUAUCAUUAAUGC